GAGUAGAUAUUAUUUUGCGGGUCCCUUGCUUUACUCAGUCAGUCCUCAUCCUGAUUCAUCACUUUGGAUGCAUUCAAUCAAACAUUACAACUAAAACUCUCUCUAUAUAAUCAGCCACCAAAAGCAUUACAGAGUAGAGAAAUCAGGAAAGAGAUAUAAUCAAAAAGAAAAUCAAGAAAAAAAAAUGGUUCUCCUAGAGAAACUGUGGGAUGAUGUAGUAGCUGGGCCUCAACCCGAACGUGGUCUCGGCAGGCUGAGGAAGAUCACCACCCAGCGCUCGACAAUCAAAGACGAAGGAGAAGGGAGCAAGUACCAGAGGUCGAUGUCUAUGCCGUCGAGUCCAGGGACACCGGCGACACCAACUACCCCGGUGUCAGCUCGUAGGGAGAACGUUUGGAGGAGCGUGUUCAAUCCUGGUAGCAACCUUGCUACCAAAAGUAUUGGCGCUGAGGUUUUCGACAAGCCACAGCCUAACUCACCUACUGUCUAUGACUGGCUUUACAGCGGGGAGACCAGGAGCAAGCAUCAUCGCUGAUCGGGUGGUGACCUGCCAGCGGGCAGCUAGCUAGCAAAGGCCGCAGUCGUCAACCAGGGGUUGCAUGUAAAUAGGGUGUUUUCAACUUUCAAUGGGCCAAGUGUCCUUGUUUUGAUGUUAUUGUUAUCACGUGUCUUAAGUAGAAGCAGUAGAUGUUUGAGGGCCCUUCUUUUUGUGAGUAAUAAAAUUCCAAGUUGUGGCGGAAUUUACUCAAGACGCUAGCCCACGGUGGUUAAAUGAUCUUUUGUCAUUCAAGACCCGACCGUGGGCGGCGGCGAUAAUAAUAAUUAAAUAAAUAAAUUAAAGGGUAUUGUAUAAUGUGCAUAAGUAUGUUAUUUAAUUUAAUAAAAACAUU